AGAAGUGUUGAUGGACCAGAUCAAAUAACGGAAUUGAAGGGUGGCAAUGCUUAUGAGGAUGUAUUUGAGACGAAUCCACAGAAAACCAAUGUGAAAACAGCAGAGAGAAAGAAGGCUCUGUCUGUCUCCUCAGCAGCCAGUGUUAGAAAGAAGAUCAACCAGUUUGAGGCUCUGACACAGCGAACUCAGAGUUUUGCAACAGGCCAAGUCCAAAUACCCAGACGUACCUUUUCUGUACCAGCACAAGCCAGCAGGGGACAUGAAGGAGUGAAGAAGAGCGGGUCUGCAAAAGAAAUAAAUGAGCUAAGGAAAAAGUGGGCAGGACUCCAAGAAGAAGGGGAGGCACAAGAUAAAAGUGAAGACAAAAUGAUGGGAACAGUAAACAAGGUUUGGCCUGACAGAAAUUUAUCAGUGGAUGAAAUUGGACUAAGAAUAAAGAAGGAACAGACAGGACUAAAUGACUUGGAUCAGAAAAGAAAAAUAGACUCUACUGACGAUUUAAAAUUUUCCAGACUCAAGACUACCCAAGAAAUGCCUCACGAAAGUGACAGAGCUGUAAGUGGAAAGCUUGGCACAGAUGAGAUAGAUUUCUCCAAAGCCUCAAGCCCUGAAGAGGCAAGUGAGAGAGACGUGACAGGCAGCAGUACACCAACCCCACUACCACCCUGUGACCCUUCACACAAGGAAAGGUCACACUCUGAUAUUACUUCACCAGUUAGUGAUGAUGAACAGACUCCAACAAACAGCCCUAGCUAUUUACUGACUACUUCACCUGUGGCACAGCUGGGGGAUGUCACUCCCACUGCCGACAGUGACAACAAAAGCCCUCCCGUCUUCACAUGUCCAGCAAAAGAUCCAGACUCUUCUCCUCGUGCCCUUCCCACAUCUUCUAACAACAACCUUCAAGAUGUCAUCUCCCCAGACAUCCAAACAACACCCCAGAAAGGCAAGAAACGGUUAUUGGACCUGAAUGCUUGGAUAGCUGGUUUGAACCCAGAUUUGAAAGUCUUUAGUGAUGAUGAGGAUGUUGAUGAUGAUGAAAGCACCCAAAAAGAUGAUGAUUCAAACUAUGAUUCAGACUCAGGGGAGUCCUCAGUUACCAUCACCAGCAAUAUGAGUCAGUCAGAUCGCAGGAGCUUCUCUGUCACUCUUUCGGACCUGUGUAACUUUGCUGGAGCUGACUACGAUUCAGAGAAUGACAGCGAUGACUGGCAGUCAACAAACCGGCGUACCGCUUCAAUGAGCUCAGAUAUGUCAGCGUUUUCCUGUGUGUCUGUGAUGCCCGCUGAGGAGCUCGACAAGCUUGUAGAGGAAGUGAGGAACCUGGGGGACGGUGCCCUGCAGGACUAUGAUGAUGUGCAGGUAGUGGUUCUCCAUAAAGAUGUGGGAGUUGGACUAGGCUUCAGUUUGGCAGGAGGCGUGGACCAAAACAAGCCCAUCACUGUUCACAAAGUAUUUCACUCAGGUGUUGCAGCCAAGCAAGGCUCUAUAAAGGAAGGUGACCAGGUUUUAUCCAUCAAUGGCACAGCACUAUCUGGGAGUGCCCACUGGGAAGCCUUGAGGGUUUUAAGAAGGGCAAAGGCAAAGGAUAUGGUAGUUGUGGUGGUGAGGAGGGGGGACAUCAUAGACAGCUCUAAGAAAGGAGAAGAGGGAAAUAGUCGGGGACAAACACCGGAACAAUAUGAGACAGGUCAAACAGUGUCUGUGCAACUGCAGAAAAACAGCCGGGAUCUGGGCUUCAGUCUGGAGGGAGGUGAAGGCUCAAGUCUGGGGAACAGACCACUCACCGUCCAGAAAAUCUUCCAAGGAGGUCCUGUUGACAUGGUAUAUCCCGGUGAUGAGGUCCUAGAAGUCCAAGGGACAAGCGUGGUGGGGAUGAGGCGCUUAGAAGCCUGGACUUUGAUCAGAGCACUUCCUCCUGGGCCUGUGGAUGUGGUGCUACGUCGCUCCCAUAAGCAUCCAGAAACAUGAAGAUUAAGGAAGCAGUUUACUCCUUGUAAGAUUAAAGGGAUGGACCAAAAACAUAAACGCUAUCUAUGAGAGGCUGUAUCUCCUUCAGUGGGCAAGAACUUGAAAUCUGGACAUGAUAUAGUUAAAAAUGCGUUUAUGUACAGGCAGUAUAAUAACUAUAAUAUCCUAAAGAAAAAGAAAAAUAAGCUUGGAGACCAGGUCAAGGGUGUAUAUUUUUCUUACAUGCUCUUUUUUAACAGGAUUACAUCUACCUCAAGGCCUGGCAAACCUUUUUAUGAGCCGAAUCAUUGAGUAAUUGUGGCUCCUACAUGCAUCAAAUCAACCAACAUUUGUAACAGAUAGAUUGAUCAGUUCAAAACAGAUCAUUUGGUACCUGUAAGUGAAAAACUAUGUUGUACUAUACUGUUAAUAGUUAAUAACUUUUCCAUUGAGACUUUAUAUUUGUUUUUAAUAAAAGCUAACAAAUUGA